CCCUGGCAGCGGAAGUCUUGUCGUUGCGUUGAAUUGUGCAACUUCUGAUUCCUGGUAUUUGAUUUUGGGGGAGACAGUUGAAUCCAACAUAAUGUAGAGAAGUUAAAAAAAGGUGUUUUAUACUUCUGAUAGAUAUCGAAAAUCAGGUUGAACAUGAGUUACUCAAAUGCGGUAUCCAAGGGCAUUAGUAAAAACAGUAAAAUGCAGAGUAAGGAUGGGAGUGUGCCAGGAACAGGGCAUACUGGGAUAUAUCCUAAAUUAACACCUACAGAAGAGGAUUUCCCACCUUUAUCAAGCAACAGUCAUGGUCCCAUCAAUGCCACACCUGUAGCAGUAAAUAGGCCAGCAACUAAUCAGGCCUCAGCUUCUUCACAUCAUACAUCUGAACCAGGUAUAGGGCAUGGUGGAUAUGCUGGCCAGACGGGUGACAGGAGGAGUGGUUUAAACCUAGUACCAGGAGAAAGAGUACUUGAUAAUCAUAACAUGAUGAAACAAAAUAACAUCCAAGAUCGUGCUGAACAGAGAGUUGCAGGUUUACAAAAUAUUGGUGACACACUGGUGAAGUCUGGUCCAGUACAGGACUGUGAAAAAAGACAAGGAAGGAACGAUUUUGACUAUGGACCAAGUGGUCAUGAUACACAAACAGAUGUAGGCCCCAAUCCACACCCUUUACAAGCUGCUGCUGGUCAACAAAAUGUUACCAGCCAACACGAUAAUGCAGUGGAAAAUAACAAUGCUGACUUGCAAGGUAGUUCUGUAUCUGUCAAUGUGGCCAUUCAACAAGACAGAAAUUUGCCUCCUCAGGCUCAGGACAAAACUCAACAACAUAAUUCUCUCAGUAAAUCUACAUCUAAGAUAGAUUGGAAGGGCAGAGAACCGCCCCAGGCAGGAAAUCCAUCCCAAGACCCUAAAGGAUAUGAUACACAUGGUCAAGGUAAUACUAAAAACCACGGCAACGGGUCCAAAGGCUCCAGAGGAGAGCUCACUCAAACCCAAGAAAAUCCUGCUAAACAAAACUUCCAUAACCAAACCAGGUCUCAGAGCUUCAGGGAAGAUCAGGAAAAUGCUCAAAGGAAUUCCCAACAAAAUCAGAAUGCCCAGGAAGGAAAUACGGUCAAGGAGUGUAGAGUGGUUUCUACAGAGAAGAGUGGGCCUUCACAUCACACUGAAAAGAAAAGACAUAAUUUUGAAGGAGGGGCCAGACCUCGAGAGCGUAGAUUUGAAGAGGGGAUGGCAUGUGGGGAGGAGGUCUAUGAAGUUGAUCCUGAAAUUAUAGAGAAGUUCAAAGAUGAUGACGAAUCAAAGUUUGAGUACUUCUGGCAGAGUUAUUCUGUGUACAGUCAGUGGCAUAAAAAAGAAUUUACAGUGGAUGGCAAAACCUACAUGUGUGCAGAACAGUUCAUGAUGCACAGGAAAGCAACGUUAUUUGAGGACUUCAAGACUGCCAGGAAAAUUAUGGAGACAAAGGAUCCCAGGAAACAGAAGAAGCUUGGUCGUCAGGUGGAGAAUUUUGUAGAGGAGAUAUGGCAAGAGGGCUGUGAAGCCAUUGUGGAGGAAGGCAACAUGGCUAAGUUUUCUCAGAACAGCGACUUGCUGAAUAUCAUUUGUGCAAGUAAUCCCAAAAUCCUUGUGGAGGCAAGUCCGAUGGACAAGAUCUGGGGGAUAGGUCUUUAUUCAGAUGAUCCACGAGCCUGGAACAGAGCCUACUGGCUUGGAGAAAACAAACUAGGAAAGGUCCUGACUAAAGUCCGGAUCAAACUGAUGCUGCAGGGAGAAUUGAUCACCAAGGCAGAACAUGACAGGCAGUUAAAAGAGUUGAUGCGUUGAUUUGACAGACAUGGAUUAAUAGAAUCUGACAUGGGUGUAGUCCGUGGACGGGGAAAUCUAAACCUGAUGGGUCAAGCUUUCCUGUCCAUAGACCACAUAAACUAGCCGUGCCGGUCAAUACACCUCUAUAAUAUAAGUGUAUUGACCAACGAGGCUUGUAAUUGUGCAGGAAUCAUAUAUACCUAUGUUUGAUUCUUGUUCUCCCAUACUCAAAAUAAACGCGUCAGUGUCAAUACUCUGCAACCUUCAUAUGUUUGUGUUCCAUGACGACAAUGAAUACAAUUAUGUUAAUUCUAUAGGGAUAGGCGUGAUUCGAUGAACCCUGAACAUGAAACCAGAAAUCCAUUUAAAGCACAAAGCUAACAAUGUUUGCAUUUAAUAAUCCAACAACUGUAAUAUAUCGGUUAAUAAAUCUUAUGAUAAGUACGAAAUUAAUGAAAAUUUAACAGUCAAAACAACGGAACUAUUUCAAAAGCCGACGUCAUUUAGCGGACUUGCCUGGCAGCAAUACUUACAUUCAUCAGUUAAUUACUGUCAGAGUGACGUCAUAGUGCGUGUAGGUUGUCUCUCCCUCGGGAAAGACGGGUCGAUCUUUUCAUGGGUCAAUUCCUGUCUUUCAUGGCCAUGUAUGGACGAAAAGUUUAUGGAACAUAUCUUAUUAUAAGUCAUCAAAAACAAACCAUCGAACAGAUAAUUUGCUGAGUGAUAUACUGUACACAUUAACCUAAAGAUACAGAAAAUAUCUUAAAAUUAAUUAUGAUGUAUAUCCAUGUAGGGUGUUUUAUUUGUCAUCACAAGUACAAUCUGUAAGUUUCACUUGAGUAGAUUUAUUUGAUACAUUAGAAUAAGAUAUAUAAUCAUAGUUAAAUUUCAUGAAUUGGGUGUUGGAUUAAAUUUACCCCAUUACAAUUUUUUUAAAGAAAUGUCUUUUCUACUGUUCAAAACACGCAAAUAUUUAACUUCUCCGAUCAGAAAGCUAAUAAUGAAUAGCUCCCUAUAGGAGAAAUAAUGAAAGUUAUUGUAAUGAUUGUGAACACUUAUUUAGUAUUUUCAUAACUUGAACAUGACUCCUGGGUUACUAUAUAUUUACAAUGUACAUGUAUAAGUGCCUACCUUGGACCAGGUAUGACAGGAUAUUUUGCCAAGUCACAAAUUUGCAUAGAGGUCACUUACAUUGACCAAUAAAAGCAUGUCAUAAUUUGUUUUUCAUUAUGCACUAAUCUGUUGCAAGUGUUUUAUAUGAAUUAUCCUGUUCAAAAGAAAAUCAAAUAUUUUUCAAUAUUGGAGAGAUUUAAGCCCUAAACAAAAAUUGUACCGGGUCGAGGAUGUGUGUAAAUGUUUUGUAGGGUUUCGUCUUCAAGGGAAUUGAUUUCAUUAGGAUUCAUGAUGCUUUUUGAUUCUUAAUCAAUAUGUACUGUAGAUUUCAAGUUUAAAUUGUCGUGUAUUUUCUGUAAGUUUACACAAGAAGAAAACCAGAAAAGUUACUGUAUAUUGACGAUAAAUGUAUAUAAGAAAACAAUUUUAUUUGCAAUGCUUACCUAAAUCAUCCAAUAUUAGUGUUCUGGGGGGUUUGUACACCGCCCACCAAUCUGUUCUCAUCAGUCAUCCUUCUAUCCGUCCAAAUUCUGUCGGUUAAAAGAGUUUGUCCCUGAUAUAUCUUCUAUACUUUUUCACCUGCAGUAACCACCUUGGGGUGGCAAAGUGUCAAGUACAAAAGUAGGUCACUGUGACCUAUGGUCUGACCUUUGACCUAACCUUUGAAAAGUUUGUAUGGGGCAUAUACACGUAUCUUCGUAUUAUUUCACCUGGAGUAACCUGGUUUGGUAUGCAAGUACAUCUUGGGAUGGCAAAGUUUCAAGUACAACGCUUUGAACUUUAAUUGACAUUAUCCUUUGAAAAAAUUUGUCCAGGCCAUUUCUUCUCUACUAUUUCACCUGCAUUAAUCAGAUUAUGUAUGUAUUAUAUCUUGGCUGGCAGAGUUUGGAGUAUGUGACAUUUUGUCGCCUGGGCUUAUAUCCUUAAAUUGGUGUGUUUACAGCUCUGUAAAUAAAGAUAUCAUAACUAGUGGGGGACUAUGGAUUGCCUUGCAAUGCUUUGCUUUGUUUUCAAUGCCUUUUCUGUCUUCAAAAUUCAGUUUUAUAUAAUUUCAUGAUUUGUUUUACAAAGAUGCACAUGCAUAUAUGCAUUUGUUGACAUAACUUACCAAUUAGCUACAUGUGUUUGUUAUUUAAAUUUGAUUUAAAAACAAAUAAGCACGCUGUUUGUGUUUAUGAUUGAAAUAUAGAUUUUUGAAUAAGAAUUUUUGAUAAGAUGCAAUGUCAAUAGUAACGUAUUCAAAAGUGAUAUAUAUUCAAAAGUUACUAUUUCAUUUUUAACCCGUUUGAGGUAAAGGGUACCUACAAUUUUAACUAUGCUAUUACCAUUGUCACUGCUGUGAAAUAUUUAAUUCCUUUUCAAAAGAAAUAUUCCAUAAAAAUCACAUGUUGCCAUGCAAUUUACAGCAUUGUACUUGUUUGACAUUUGAAUGGUUGGAAAUAGAAAUAAAAAAUAAAUAAAAAUAAAAUAAAACGCCGGGGUAAAACUUGUGAACUUGACAUUGCAAAGCUACACUUUACCAUAUUGCUAUACAGGCAUUGUUCAAUUUACGGGAGAAGUAUAUAUAAUCUCUAAGCCAGACAAACUCAUUUGGCUGCUUCACCUUCUAUAAAAAAGGGAGAGUACUCCAAGUAAAAAGAAAUUCUGAGUGAUGGAUCUUCUUUGUGGUAAUAACUUAUGUAGUGGUACCCUUUACCUUAAUAGUUAUAAAUUCAAUUGUAGCAGGUUUGAUAGUAACAGAUAAUAUAAGUGUAUAUGUGUGAUUUAAACAUAUUUAUGACAAAUAUUUAGUUGUUUUGAUGGCAUUGAUGACUGUGUGUGUGGUCUGCUGGAUAACCGAAAUACGCGGUAGUGAAGCGGACGUAAAACCUAUCAAUCAAUCAAUCAAUCAAUCAAUUGAUGACUGUUUAGUUUUAUAAUUGUGAUCAGUCAAUGACAAUAUAUUGAUAAAUACAAAUUAUUUAUAUUUACUUUGUAUUGUGAUAAUGUAUCAAUUUGAAUUUUUAUAGGGAGUAGCGAUACAUCAUCUGUGAAGUUAACAAGGUAUAAUUAUCAAAUGUAUUUUCAGAACCAAUUGUUAAAUGUAAGAACAACUUGGACAUCAUGAAAACAGUUCUGCUACAAUAGACUCUUAAUUUUAAGAACAUGAAGAUAUCAUGUGGAUCCAGAAAGGGACUGGGAUAGAAGUAUUACUUUGGUGAAUUUGGCAGGAAGGUUAUAUUAUAUACCACAUAAUAUAAAAUAUAAACUUAAUUUACUUUACAACAAUUAUGAUAGAAGUAUGCCAUUAACUCUUGUUGUCCUGGAUGUUAGCUCACAUGAGGACUGUCUUUAAUGUAUGAUGAUAGACUCAUUUUAUACUGAUCUUGGUUCCUCCCCUAAUUAUAAUGAUCUAGGUCCCACCCUUAAUUAUACUGAUCUGGGUCCCACCCCUAAUUAUACUGAUCUGGGUCCCACCCCUAAUUAUACUGAUCUCUGUCCCGCCCCAAAUUAUACUGAUCUCUGUCCCGCCCCAAAUUAUACUGAUCUGGGUCCCACCCCUAAUUAUACUGAUCUGGGUCCCACCCCUAAUUACACUAUCUGGGUCCCACCCCUAAUUACACUAUCUCCGUCCCACGCCUAAUUACACUAUCUGGGUCCCACCCCUAAUUACACUAUCUUCUGCCCAUAAUUACACUUUUUUGAAUUUGCUCCUAUUUCCCAUUUUUUUGGAUUGCAUUAUUGUAGGUCCACCACUAAAACGCUUAAUUGGAUUCCAACUCAUAUUAAUCUAUCCCUUAUCCAUUUACCUGGGUCGUUCUACUGGGCCUGCACUUGUGUUCUUUUGCUAAUAUAUUAUGAAAAUAUAAAAAAAAAUGUGAACAUAUGGUCAUAAGACCUUUAUUGUGAUACAGUGUAAGUGACAAUUAAUUUGAUCUUAUGAUUGUUAUAUUAAUUAAGAUUCUAUUACAAAAAAUAUAUUUGAUUAAUUAGAUCAUUUUAUUGCGCAACACAUUUUAUCUUAAAUAAAGCGUUUUAUUUUC